ACGCGUACCCGGCUCCUGAAAACUCCGUAGAAAGUGGAAAAAUCUUGUUUUAACUAUUUUCUGCACUUCCGUCGUCGUUCUCGUUGAAAAAGUUGGCCUUCCCGGUCGUACAAACCGUGGGCAAUUGUCCAAUCUUUUUUCUUUUCUUGGAAGCCGCAUCUUUCGCAGAAGCGCGGUAACGCGGUUUUCAACGUUUUCAUGAUGAAGUCUUUAGAGUUCGAUAAAACGUCUUUGAGAGCCACUUUUGAUCCCAGUGCUGUUAACAUACGUAUGGUUGCAAAACAACAGUCAAAAUGUAAAAAAGUAUUCAUUCCAAUGGAUAAUGAAUCAUUAGCUUUAAUAUAUUACAAGAGCGAAGAGGAUGCUGAAAAGGGAUUGCAAGAACUUCGUUAUAUACCGGGAGUUAUAUCGAUUAGUUACAACAUUCGGAAACAGUUAAACCCGUCCAUAACCCCACAAAAUGGGAACGCCGUGACGCUGCCUGCUACGCCAAAGCCAAGUUACCACGACCCCGAGCCGUUCCUCAUGCUGCCCAAAUGUGCAAAGUGUUUUGCGUGGCCGGUAAUCAGAAGGUGCGGCGUUUGUGGCACUUGUUAUUGUGAUGUUAAUUGCCAAAAGCAAGACUGGCCGCUGCACAAAGAAAUCUGCAUGCCCAAUCUCUUCAUAGAUCCUGCAUUAAAAGAGGAGGCAUCCAAAAUUACUCCAGAACAAAAGAUGCAGUAUUACGCCAAACAAAAGCCGCCAACCGCAAACGAUUCGCCAGAUGCUCUUAUGAAACAGGCUAAACAGAAGGAUCCAGAAAAUCUCCAUCAGGAGCACUGUCGGCCGUAUCACCAGCAGGGCGAUCACGGGGAGACACUACCAUCGGUACAAUCCGGAGAAAAGCAACAAAACAAUAUACCAGCGCAACAGGACUCGCAAAACUGUAAAGGGAAGGAUGGAAAAGGUUUGCAGCAGGAAUUCGAACGAGAAAACUGUCAUCAGGAAAAGUUCCAACAAAAAAAAGAAAAGAAAUCUCAACAAAAACAGCCUAAUCAAGAGCCUUCGCAGAAACAGUGUCGACAGGAGAUCCAAAAAAAACCAAAAGAAAAACCUUCCCAGCAAGAGCCACAACAAAAAGGAUCUCAACAGGAACCUAAAAAGGAGAUACAACAAAAACAACUGAAGCAGGAGCCGCCGCAAAAGCCACCGCAGAAGCAACAAAAGCCACAAAAUAAUCAACCCCAGCCCGAACCUCCUAAAGAACAGCAGCAACUGUUAAAUAAGCUUCCCUUGAGAGCCCUAGUUGCCAGGGCGAAGGAAGAAAGUAAACGCAGGGUGUUGCAGCAGGGUUCAUUUCCGUCGGUAGGCAGUGAGGUGAAAAUAGCGCACGUGGCCGAGAAUACAAUGUUCAUCUUCGAAGCUGGAUCUGGUUCCACCGGGCAGCCUAGUCAGUACCUAAAGUUCAUUGAGCGCUGUUUCGUCGGGGGCGAAGCCGCCCAAAAGUAUUUGAUCCAUGCUCCUGUCCCUGGGGACAUAGUGUACUCGCCGUUUGAAGAGGUCUACUAUCGCGCGGAGGUGCGCAGUGUUACGGACGAUAAAGCGAUUGUAUUCUUUACCGAUUUUGGUAACACGGAAACAUUGGAAUGGAAAAAGUUCAAAGAGAUCGAAGACCCAGAAAUUAAGUACGCUGACCGUCUUAUUCAUGAGGUGCAAAUCGAGCAUUUGCCAACAUUUACCGACUUCGUCCGAAUGCAGCUUCAGGCACUUGAAGGAGAAGCGUUCGAGCUCUCAAAGGUAGUCGACAUACCAAAUAGCAAGACAAAGAUGGUGGAGCUGCGUCACUUGAGAGAAAUGUUACUUAAGAAGCCAAUGGCGUCCCCGGACGACCAAACUCAACCGGCGGUAGUACCACCAGAUCCAAAAAGCUACGUCCCAGUUUCCAUUGCCGAGUUAUCUGAAGUGUGUAUUCCGUACGGCGAUGGCAUUGAACUGAUGAUAAUAGAUGCAGGGGAGUUGUAUGAUGCAAGUCAUCGGCUGGCGGUGAUCGACAUUGCCCGAAAUGACGCUUUUGCGAAGGUACUAGCAGAAGUGUGCAAAUAUGGGGAAGCGGACAGCAAUGUUUACUCACCGGAGGAAUCCCAUCAUCUGUGCCUUGUCCAAUGCGAUGGAAUUUGGUCACGGGGUGUACCAUUGGCAACCGGAUCACAGGAGACAUCGAAUCCAUACUGCCUGUUGGAUCUAGGGAUUAUAAAAUCCAUAGAAUCUACACACGUUCGACGCUUCCCGCAGGCCCUCAGCCGGAAGUUAUAUGUGGCGGACUGUAUUGUCCAAAAUCCAGAAACCCUUUGCAAGCUAGCAACUGAAGGCGUUCAGAAUACGGAGCUGUUGACUGGUAAAAUGAUCAAGGUUAACGUAAUUCCGAAGAAAAACAAGGACGAUGAAAUACAGCAAAUCCGAAUUAUCUCUGUUAACUGAAACUGCCCACAAUGCAAGGGGUAGUAAAAGGUUAGAAUAGUUUUUCUUGUUUCUUAAACAAUCGUUUCAAUUUCAGUAUAAAGUAAACCAUAACAAAACGUGCCAUACGAGCUUUCAGCUUUACAUUUAUCAAAACGGACCCCAUCUUCAAAUUCUCAUAUGUUAUGUGAUGGAUUAAUGAACUGAUGUGAUGAAUUAUCUUAUCUCGAAUGUAGUAAUGUUAAGUUUGAUAGCAAGCGCUUGGGAAAUAUUCGCUCAUGUUUCUACCAUUUGUUUGCCAGAGGAGUUUAAUUGAUGAGAGACACGUGUUAAGUACAAUGAACUUACGGA